CUGGCCUUGGCAGGCCUCUGCGGGAGUGGGAUCACAGCAAAUCUCCUCUAAUUCUUAGGGGGGAAAAGCCCCCCCCCCAAAAAACCCCAGAGUUCGACAGAUGGAACGUUCUCCAUAUCUGUGUCUGCUUCCACUAUGUCUAAAGCUGCCUGUUUCCCUGAAAUCUGGAGGCGCGCUGCCCCGGGCACACAGUUAUGUAACUUGCUGCCUUCAGCUAAAUGCAGUAACAUUUCCUGCUACUGGGAUAAGUUUGAGAACUCUUGGCCUCCGGAUACAGCUCCAAGUAAAUCCUCAGCCUGGCACUCCACCCUGAGCAGGACAGACCCUGCCUCCCCCUGCUCCUGUUUCACAGGUCACGGUGAACCCCCGCCCCUGCGUCGCUUGAACUCCUACAUGCCCUUCAAAGCCCCAGUGCUCUCUUCCCGCAGUCCUCCAGGCCUCCUGCUUUCUUAGCAGCCCCUUCUCCCUGCCCCUCUCCCUGCCUCUUCUGGACAACAGGAGGGUAGGCGACUCACCACCAUAGAAGGGCACCCACUGCAGCUCAGGGGAAGGCCCCUCAACGCCACUGAGGCACGCAGACUUCACUGAGCACCUACUGUGUGCAAGGUCAGCGGUGAAGCGGCUCACCAGGCUGGGGGAGGCGGCCCCGGGAGCGUAGAGGCCCUUUCGAUGCGGACACUCAGAGGCAGUAGCCCAGGCCCGCCGCAGAUGGGGCUGCGGGUCCUCAAGGCCCUCGCGGAUGAGGCGAUCGCCAUGAGGAGGAGGGCGAAGUCCCAGAUGCGAGGGGCGCCUUCAGCCGCUGCUACAAGCUGGUGGACAUGUCCACCAGUGCCGUGUUUGCCCUCAAGGUGGUGCCUCGCGCCGGGGGUGCGGCCGGGCGACUGCGUCCCCACGGCAAGGUGGAGCGCGAGGUCGCCCUGCACAGCCGCCUGAAACACCGCAACAUCGUGGCCCUCCACGGACACUUCGCUGACCGAGAGCACGUGUACCUGGUGCUGGAGUACUGUGGCCGCCAGUCGCUGGCGCACGUCCUGGAGGCGCGGCGGACUCUGACGGAGCCGGAGGUGCGCUACUACCUGCGGGGCCUGGUCAGCGGCCUGCGCUACCUGCACCAGCGGCGGAUCGUGCACCGCGACCUGAAGCCCAGUAACUUCUUCCUGAACAAGAACAUGGUGGUAAAGAUUGGAGACCUGGGGCUGGCUGCCAGGGCGGGGCCGGGGGGCCACUGCCACCGAGUGCUCUGCGGGACCCCAAACUUUCUGGCCCCAGAGGUCAUCGCCAGGAAUGGGCACUCCUGCCAGUCAGACAUCUGGGCUCUUGGCUGCGUCAUGUACACAGUGCUGACCGGUACCCCUCCCUUCACGGGGGCUCCCCUGUCGGAGAUGUACCAGAACAUCCGGGACGGCCACUACCCCGAGCCGGCCCACCUGUCACCCAACGCCCGCCGCCUCAUCGCCCGCCUGCUGGCGCCCGACCCGGCCGAGCGGCCCAGUCUGGACCACCUGCUCCAGGACGACUUCUUCACACAAGGCUUCACUCCGGACCGGCUGCCAGCCCACUCCUGCCACAGCGCACCCCUCUUCACCGCGCCGCAGCCUCUGGGCCGGCUCUUCCGGAAGGUGGGCCGCCUGCUGCUGACCCAGUGCCGGCCGCCCCGCCCCGUCACCCCCAGCGAGGCCUCGGGUCCGGUAGGAGGUGCUUCAGAUCCGGACUCCGUGGGGUGCGGCCGCGAGGUGAGUGCUCAGGGCAGGGCACGUGGGGAGGCAGGCGACCUGGGCAGAGGGAGAAGUUGGGGGACACGGUCUUCGGGUGAGCAGCGGGGAGACCCUCACCCGCCUGAGGCCUCUCCUGGGGGCCAGGCCUGCUUCCCCUCACCCCGGCUGCUGCUUCCCCAGGCCUCACUGUUGGACAGAGGGGCUCUCCACCCCGAGGUCCCCGUCCACCUACUCACCCAAGGGACCCUCAGGAGUGACCCAGCGGGUGAGCGGACACUCCAUCCCAGGCCCUUCCCGGGCCGCGGGUGCUGGUGGGGAGUGAGAGAGUGGAGGUCAGGGCAACCACUGGGCCUUGCCCGGGCUGGGACCCCUCUCCGGGCUUCAACUUUCCCACCUGUGAAAUGGGGGCGUUGGCCAGAACGCUUCCGGGUUUUAAAUAAGAUGUUCCCAGACUCUGUAGUUUGGGGCAGAGCUGGUGGGAGGGGCCCCUCACGGUGGCAACAGACAGGUCUGCCCCUGCAGAGAUCUGUCUCCUCAGGGCCAAAAGGGAGGCAGAAGCAGGAGGUCGAGGUGGCCAUCAGAAACCUGUCCCUCUGCCUGGACCGUGGCCUCCCAGCCACGCAGGAACCCCCAGGGGAGCAGCGGCCCACCCUCUGGGCCCCCAAGUGGGUGGAUUAUUUCAGCAAGUACGGCUUCGGCUAUCACCUGUCGGACGGGGGCAGCGGUGUCCUGCUUCGGGACGGCACACACAUGGCCCUGCGCCCCCCAGGGGACCGAGUGUGCUAUGUGCCUGGCCGGGGGAAGCUGGAAACCUUCGCCGCCAGGGACGUGCCCAGCCCGCUGGGCGCCAAGCUGGCCGUCCUCCGGCUGUUUACCCGCUGUAUGCAGCAGCGGCUGCGAGAGGAGGGGGCCCGGCCCACGCCCACCCCGCCCGCGGCCCCAGGCCUCUGCCUGCUGCGCUUCCUGGCCUCGGAGCGGGCUUUGCUGCUGCUCUUCAGUGACGGGACGCUGCAGAUAAGCGGCAGUGGCGACCGGACUCACCUGGUGCUGGGUGGCGGGAGCGACGAGCUGCGGCUCACGGUCUGGGAAGGCAGCCGGCCCGGUGCCCCUGACCCCCCGGGCGCCCUGCAGAGCCCCAGCCCCGCCCUGGCUGCCCGACCACUCCUUGUGCACGCCCUGCACAUGCUGCGGAGCGUCUAGGAUCCCCCAGCAAGGGGACCGGCCCCUUGGCUCCAACCCCAGAGCCCCCGGGGGCCACCCUGGGACCGUGGGAGGUCAGGGACCUUGCCUUGGGUCAUGACUAGGCAACCCAGACUUCUGUUUGGUUUUGUUCUUUUAUCAUUAAAGAGAAGUGGACUGUCUCGCGGGCUGUCUGCCUCUGUGGUGGGGUCUGGCACGCUUCGGGGAGGCGAUCCUUCGGACCGGCAGGCUCUGAGCCCACUGCCGCUCGUGGCAGACAGAUGGGCCAGAUCUCGGCCAGCGCCCAGGUACCCCGAUGUCUGCGGGGCUGGAGAGAGACCCUGCUUCAGAGAGAGAAACCAAAGAAUUUGCAGGCCUGAGGCUACAUUUCACAAAGCACGUUUCCUUUAUAAUCAGAGAAAAAGGCAACAAAGAUGCAAACAGACAGUUUUGGGAGAAGCGGGGUAUCCGGUGCCCGCGCAGGGCCUCACACACAGUGUGACCAUAACUGUCCCUGUCAUUGUCCCUCUGCUGGGGCCCACGCCCUGUCCGUCAGGAGAAAGGCCCCACACGGUGGGGGAGAGGGGAGGUGCUCCGACAGAGCUGCAGUACCACGUGAUGCCUGUCGCCGCCCCGCUGAGGACCGCACGUCCCGUGGGCGCACCUGCGGCGGGCGGGGGGCGGGCAGCUGGCGGUGGGAUGUGACCACCUCGGGCAAGAAUGAGAACUUGGGCGCUGGAUGCCCUCCAAACAGGGCUUUUCCUCUUCGCCGACUUACUAUCAAUUCCAAAAGUAAAGCGUGGACGAGCUUUAUUUGCGACAAACCGUACGUGGACAGAGCCACAACCUUCGUGGGGAGGUCACAGGGUCGCCGGGCUCUGUUUACUCAUGCUUGUGUUCCCCUGGAAAGCGAGGACGCUGUCAGUGUGACCUUCCUCUUCCCCCCAGCCUGCGUGUGUUUCCGCGCCGGUGUGUGAAGGUCGGCCUCUGGGCUUCCAGGGCAAGGACGGCAUGACGGUCGCGGCCGGGCAGCGGGCAGAGGGAGCCGGGGCGUGGGCCAGGGGGUCACAGGCUUUGGUGUGGCCUGACAGGGGACGAGAGAUUGUUUUGUGUAGAAGAGGCAGGAACUCUUGGAGCCCUUGGAGAAUGUGCGAGGAAGGGGUGUGGGCGGGAGAGGGGCCGGCGGAGGGAGGGAGCGAACGCGGCGCCGCUCCGGUCUUCCUGUCCUUCUGCUGUCCUCGUGGUCAUCAUUACUGAUGUGCGAUUCACACAGCACGCGGUUGCCGGCUUUAGACUGCACGACCUGGGGCACUGAGUGUGUUCACAAUGCUGUGCAACCAUCACUCUAGUUCCAGAAC